AUCACACCUGUGCGAGUGGGUGUGGCUUGGCAAGGUGAAGGAGUGAGGAUCCAGAACGCCGCUGCUCCUCACACGGAGCCUGAGGAGCCAUGGGGAAAGCAGGUGGAAGAGUAGACUUUGAAUGGGUCUACAACGACCAGCCGCACACAUCCAGGAGAAAGGAGAUUCUCGCCAAAUAUCCCCAGAUCAAGUCUCUGAUGGGUCCAGACCCCCAGUUGAAGUGGGUUGUAUCUGGCAUGGUCCUUACUCAGCUCCUGGCCUGUUACCUGGUCCAUGACCUUUCUUGGAAGUGGGUCAUCUUCUGGGCCUACGCCUUCGGAGGCUGCAUCAAUCACUCCCUGACUCUGGCCAUUCACGACAUCUCUCACAAUGUCGCCUUCGGAAACAAGCUAGCAAAGUGGAACCGCUGGUUUGCCAUGUGGGCCAACCUGCCCAUUGGCGUGCCCUACUCUGCCGCCUUUAAAAAAUACCACAUUGAUCACCACCGGUACCUGGGGGGCGAUCAAUUGGAUGUGGACAUCCCCACAGAUACCGAAGGGUGGUUCUUCUACACACCAGCCAGGAAGGUGCUGUGGCUGUUCCUCCAGCCGCUGUUUUACGCCCUGCGACCGCUGGUGGUCAAUCCUAAACCGGUGGGGCAGAUAGAGAUCCAGAACACAGUGGUUCAGCUCACUGCAGACGCAAUCAUCUAUUAUUUCUGGGGAGUGAAGCCCAUUGUUUACCUCAUCGCUGGAUCUAUCCUGUGCAUGGGAUUACACCCCAUCUCCGGACAUUUCAUCGCAGAGCAUUACAUGUUCAUGAAGGGACACGAGACGUAUUCUUACUACGGACCGCUAAACUGGAUCACCUUCAAUGUAGGGUACCACAUGGAGCACCACGAUUUCCCCAGCAUACCUGGAAGCAAGCUUCCUCUGGUCAAAAAAAUCGCAGCAGAGUAUUACGACUGUCUUCCCCAGCACACUUCCUGGUCCCGGGUCCUGUGGGACUUUGUGUUUGACGACAGCAUUGGACCAUAUGCCAGAAUCAAACGGGAGUACAAGCUGAGCAAACAGGAAUAGACCGCGAAAAAAACAACGGAGAAAAGUCAUUGUUUUAGGAAAUAUCAAGAUUGUUUUGCAGGUUGUGUCUGAAUGCAAAUUAUUGCACACCUUUGCCGUCUUGCAUUCAUGUUACUAUCAGGAAAAACCCCAGAAUAUUCACAUUUCUAUGGUUUAUGGAAGCAGGAAUUCAGCUCUGAACAGCUGGACGGUUUUCUUAUCAACUUGUGGUCCUUCCUCAAACCUUUAGCUGGGACUGUUGCCUGUAGCGGGGAAAAAACUGUGCAUGACUGGCAAAUAUUUCCUCAUUUAAAAUCUGUAAACUAUUGCAGAACCUGUUGGUUCCUUAUCUUGCUUGCAAUAAUUUGUCAGGUUUUCUAAAAAAAGAAAAGAAAAAAAAAGUUUUAAAAAACUGUUUGGUACCUCGAUUCUGUUUCACACGCAGCACGCAGAACAAAGCUGAAGAAGAAAAAAGGCGAUGAAAACGACUUUUUAAUUAUGAGAAGAGCUUUUUUUCAUCUAUGACGCCUCGUUUUGCCUGUUUGCAACACUGUAAAUACUCUGAUUACAUCUGGAGGAAGUGAACAGAGUAAAAUGUUCUUUAAAAGUAACUAAAAUUUGUAACUCAGUUUAUUUUUUUUCUACUCUGUCAUUUUCAAUAAAAUCUGUUCCCCAA